CCAAUACCCUGUGUCUUCAUCGUAAAAAGGUCACAAGAUGUACCAUGAUAAAAUUAUUAGACACAAGUACAGUUCCUCUAUUGGCUGCAGUUAUGGGACAAACAUGUUUUUCUUAGACACUUCCUUCCUGAUAUAGCAAAUCUGAGCAUAAAACCACUAGACUAUAGUCAUCUGUCAAUCCCAAAAUAUGGACCGACAAAGCAGCAUCGAUCAUGAGAGACUUUAUGAAGAGGAAAGCCAGUCAGGCAGAAGGAAGGCUUAUUUUUAUACACCCAGAACCGAAUGGAUUCCCUUUGGGCUGCUGGCCCUAUUAUUUGUUCUCCUCCUGGUCCUCUUUAUUAUUGUAUUCUCUGGAGCCAAUGAAAGCAGCAAACAGUUUCUUACUUUAAAAGAGAUCAACGACUUUAGGGUAAAAGUACAUAACCUUUCUUCAGAUAUGGACAAGCUACAUACGUCAAUAAAGAAGAAGACUUGUGAGGUUGGAUGGAAACAGUUUGAUGAGAGCUGCUACUUCCUUACUAAAGUUGAAACUUCUUGGGCAAAAAUCAGAAAUACAUGUCUUAAUAAAGGAGCGGACCUAGCUGUAAUCACCAGUGACCGGGAGCAGAUCUUUCUUACGACUUUUUCUGAUGCUGCCUACAAUAAAUGGUACUGGAUUGGACUACAUGAUAUGGAUGAAGAAGGAAGCUGGAUAUGGGUCGAUGGAACAGAUUAUGAAACAUCUUACAAGUAUUGGAAGGAAGGAGAGCCAAAUGAUUAUAAAGAAAAUGAAGACUGUGUCCACUUGUUGAGCUUUGGACACUGGAAUGAUGCUUCCUGUGAUAGUGAGAUUGCUUAUGGGAUUUGUGAGAAAAAGCUCUGAGCCAUCAUAUCUGCAAGACAAUAACUUUAUAUAUAGGGGAGAAUGAUGCCCAAUGUGUCAUUUAUCCCUGCACGAUCUAUGGGGGGGGGGGAUUUAUCAUUGGUUUUAGCCUGUUUUUUGGGUGGUAAAUUGUCGCAAAUUUUGCUUCAACUCACGCCAGCCUGGACCACAUUAGGAAACUUGUCUACAUCUGAACUACUUCGUUAUUUAUGGAGAACGUACAAUUCGAAAUGGUUAAAUAAAGUUAAAUAAA